UUGAUUGUGCAUUAGGGAAAAUGGCCGCCUCCACGGGCAGUAGUAAAGGUGCUGCUCUUUCUAAAGCGGACUAUCUGAAACGUUAUUUGUCAGAAAAUGAAGAUUCGAAGAAAUCUAAAGCAAAGAAAGUUAAAAAGAAACGCGUUCUACAGCCUGGAAAAGGGAUGAAAAUUGUGGAUGACGAUGUGGACUGGAGGCAAUUGGAUGACGACAACGAUGAAGAGAAACAGAAGAAGAUUGAGGAAGAUGAGGACGACGAAGCCCCCGUGGUUGCGGAAUUCAUAGACGAGCGUCCCGAAGAGGUGAGACUACUAGAAGCAUUUAGGACAAGCAACAAGUGGAGGACGCUGGGAGAUGACGAGUCAGCUUCGGUUGGCGAAUCUCAGGAAAACGAAGACUCCAUACCUAGAGGAGCACGUCAUGAUUCCCCAGACCUCUCUCCAAGUAGACCAGCGCGCCAUGAUUCCCCAGACAUCUCCCCACAGAGAAGGGCACGUCAUGAUUCACCAGACCUCUCACCACAGCAAAGAGCACGUCAUGAUUCUUCGUCACCUUCGCCCCCAAGGAAGAUUUCGAAGGGUUCCCCCUUGAGGAGUAAGAACAGAAACAGUAAAGAAGGGUCUUCACACUCCAAAAAAUCCAAAGGCAGUUCCAGAGAUCCUGACCUUUCACCGCCCCGCAAAAAGGGUCCAAACAGGAGGGCCUCCGACUCUGACCAGUCACCGCCAAGGAGACGUCCUCAAACCGGGCGAGGGUCAGACUCUGAUCUUUCUCCCCCAAGAAAGAAGAGGCAGGGUGGCCGUGGCUCUGAUUCGGACCUCUCCCCUCCACGGAGGCGACCGCAGGGUGGAGGAGGGUCCGACUCUGAUCUUUCUCCUCCUCGCCGACGUGCCUCCCCUGACUCACAGGCUCCACGGAUGUUGUCGGGCGGAGCUGCAGGUCUCGUAUCCGUGGAAACCCUAAGAAAGGAGCAAGAAGAGAUUCGACGGAGAGAAAAGCACAACAAACCUCUUGAAGAGGAAUCCCGUAAUGCGCAGACUGUGUUCCGAGACAAGUCGGGGAGAAAGCGGGACAUCGACGCUGAACGGCAGGAACAGAGCAGGAAGGCUGGGGAGAAGGCGGAGAAGGAUGAGAAAUAUGCUCAGUGGGGCAAAGGGUUGGUUCAGGGCCAGAUGCAGCAGCAGAAUGUGGAGGAUGCCCUGAGGGAGGCCCAUAAGCCCCUGGCCCGACACAGAGACGACGAGGACCUGGACCGAAUGCUGAGGGAGCAGGAGAGGGAUGGAGAUCCCAUGGCUGCCCUGCUGCGCAAGAAGAAAGCCAAGGAGAACAAGCUGAAAGGCAUUAAAGAGAAACCACGAUAUAGAGGACCAGCCCCACCCCCAAACCGCUUUAACAUCAUGCCCGGAUACCGCUGGGAUGGCGUGGACAGGUCCAACGGUUUUGAACAGAAGCGCUACAGUAGGAUGGCUGACAAGAAAGCCGUGCAGGACAUGGCGUACAAGUGGAGUGUGGAGGACAUGUAGAUGUCCACCAAGGACCAGCAGGGCCUGUGGCCCCCUCACGCUAGACUGGACGCUAGACUGGACACCGUGCUGCUGGGCUGUAGAACUCAGUCCUGUAGCCUUUGCACUGAUCUUUGGCUUUCUUUUUCACCAGAAAACAAACACUCAGAUGGUCUCAGACAACAACAGUGAGGCUGUUGUGAACCUAUUUGUCAACUUUAUUUCCUUUUCACAGUAAUUAAAUGUACUUUUUUAAUAUAUAAAUAUGCUUUAAAGUGUCAUCAUUUUGUGGUGAGCCAUUUAUUUAUCAGGAAUGAGGAAAUCAGAACAUUAUUGGGCCAUAGAGAUAGAUGCAGAUAGAUAUAAUAUUCUCAUAACACCUGCGAUCGUAGAUGCCCACUCUUCCCCACUAUAGACUAAAAAGGCCCUGCAACACUGUUGGUAGACAGGCCUUAUGUGUGGAAAAUUCACUCAUUCACAGCAUAAUGUACUAUAGGGAGUCACAUGGUGGCUAAUUAUUCACUAUACACUGAAGAAAAAAAAAAGAAUCGCUGAAUUUACUUGAUUUUAUCAUGUACAGCGGUUGCACAUGAAUGAAAUGUCUAGGUUUAACUGUUUCAUGCUGUGACAACCCAAUUUGAUCUAGUUAGAGUGAAAUUUAUGAAGUGACGUUUAUAAUGUAUUUGUC